AUGGAAAGCGAUGAACUGUACAUGCAAGUUCAGAGGCCAAAAUAUGAUUGUCUUCUAUUUGAUCUUGAUGAUACUCUUUACCCCCUAAGUUCUGGUCUGGCAUCGGCUGUUCUUAAAAACAUUCAAGAUUAUAUGAUCAAAAAACUUGGAAUUGAAGAGAGCAAAAUCACUGAUAUGGGUAACCUGCUGUACAAUAACUAUGGGACUACAAUGGCAGGCCUUAGGGCUAUUGGCUAUGAUUUUGACUAUGAUGAAUAUCAUAGUUUUGUCCAUGGGAGAUUGCCUUAUGAAAAUCUAAAGCCGGAUCCUGUUCUGAGAAGCCUUUUGUUAAGCUUGCCAGUUCGGAAAGUUAUUUUCACAAAUGCUGAUAAAGUCCAUGCCAUCAAGGUUCUCAGCAAACUUGGUUUGGAGGACUGUUUUGAAGGGAUUAUUUGCUUUGAGACUCUGAAUCCUAUUCACAAGAGCUCGAUAUCUGAUGAUGAAGAUGAUAUUGAGUUUCUGGGAUCCACACAAUCUUCUACUGCCUCUAACGGCAGCCCUCAGAUUUUCGACAUUAUUGGACAUUUUUGUCAGCCUAAUGAGGGAUCUGAUGGGUUGCCAAAGACACCAGUUAUCUGCAAACCAUCAGAAUCUGCCAUCGAAAGGGCUCUUGAAAUUGCCUAUAUCAAUCCACUCAGAACUUUGUUCUUUGAGGAUAGUGUUCGAAACAUUCAGUCUGGAAAACGGGUAGGCCUCCAUACUGUGCUGGUUGGGAAAUCUCAGAAAGUGAAAGGAGCAGAUUAUGCAAUGGAAAGCAUCCACUAUCUGAGGGAAGCAAUACCAGAACUUUGGGAAAAUGACAAGAUUCGUGAAGUUAAUUACUCUGGUGUGGGGGUUGCUGUUGAGACGUCUAUCACAACUUAG